AUGCCACCAAAGAAGAAAGAUAGAGAUAGUGAUAGUUCUAAGAGUCGGCCCACAGACCAGUACCAGGCCGAUCAUGAACUUUUCCUUAAUGCUUUUGAGAAACCAACUCAAAUUUAUAGGUUUCUGAGAACCAGAAACAUGAUCUCACCUAUAUUUUUAAAUAGAACUUUAACUUACAUGAAACAGAGAAUGUCAAGAGAUCAUAAAGGUAGAAAAAAUUUUAAAGUAAACAAUUUAUUAGGAAGGUUAAGAGAUAAAUGCCAGGGAAAUGAGUUAGACAAUGAAAAAAAAUUUUUGACUUUAACAUUUUUAGGUUUUUAUGACAAAACUUGUGCAUCAUAUGAUGAAUUUGUAAAAGUGGAAACUUCUGUAACAAAAAUUUCUCACAAGAAAAGAAAAGAUAGUUCUUCCCCUUUGGUAAAGUUAUUUGUUGGUACAAGUGAAGUGCCUGUUAAUCCUUCAGAGGAUCAUCCACCGUCCAAAGCACCAAUUAUGUCUAUUCCUUCAGAUUCAUUUAGUUCAACAAAUGGAAAUUUAAUUAAAUCUUACAUUUUAUAUUUAAAAGUAACUCACAAUGAAUCUAAUUACUAUAUAUCUGUUAAUGAUGAAUUAGAUUCUUUAGAAUCUGCCUCAAAGAGAUGCAGACUGUCAAAAGAUGAACCAAAAUAUUAUGGGUCUGAAUUAACUGUAUAUGAUAAACAUAAUCGUUGUUUACUCAUGACCGGUGAUUACGAACUAGGCCUUCAAGAAAUUCAAAAUUCGUCAAAGCUUUCUCCAAAAAAAAACAGUCAAUGGAUAACAAUGGAUAGUGUGGAAGAUGAAGCAUUUGAAGUAUUUAGUAAAGGUCCUAUGAUAAAAUUUAGAUUAGAUUGGACGUCGGAACCUAACAAUGGUUUCGUGGACCGACCAAAGCCGUUUAGGCCUAACGGCCAAGCUUUAGACGUAGGGGGAAAUAAAGAAAAUAGACCUGAUAAAUGCGUUCCUUCUGGUAAUUCAAAAGGAAAAGUGAAAACUGAACCACAAAGGCUGCAAAUAGUUUAUCAAUUUUUAUACAAUAAUAACAGCAGACAACAAACGGAAGCGUGCGAUGAUCUAAUAUGUCCGUGGUGUUCUCUUAAUUGCAUUACUCUUUAUUCUCUUUUAAAACAUUUGAAACUAUGUCAUUCUCGAUUUACAUUCACCUAUAACCAAAUACCCCAAGGAGCUAGAAUUGAUGUUGCUAUCAAUGAAUGCUACGAUGGAUCCUACACGGGAAGUCCGCAUGAUUUAAUAUCACAGCCUCCGGGAUAUGCGUUUUCCCGGAACGGACCCGUUCGACGAACAUCUGUUACCAAUAUACUUGUGUGUCGACCCAAAAGACAACGACCGAGCCUUUCUGAAUUUUUAGAAUUGGAAGAAAACGAUUUUGACGGGCAGAGGCCUUACAUUACCGGUCACAACAGGUUAUAUCAUCACACAACAACUUGCCUUCCUGUUUAUCCGAAAGAAAUGGACAUUGACUCAGAGGGAGAAAAUGAUCCUAAAUGGUUACAACAAAAGACUAUAAUGAUGAUCGAUGAUUUUACGGAUGUGAAUGAAGGUGAAAAAGAACUGAUGAAGUUGUGGAAUCUUCACGUAAUGAAACACGGUUAUGUUGGAGACUGUCAAAUUCCGUUAGCUUGUUUAAUGUUUCUCAAAGCGAAGGGAGACGAAUUGUUGAAAAAAAAUCUUUAUCGUAAUUUUGUACUACACGUAUGCAAUCUCUUCGAUUUCGGAUUGAUUAGUUCGCAAACUGUUUACAUGAUAAUUAGACAAGUUCAAGAUUUAAUUAAAAAAGAUCCUGAACAUUCUAGACUGUUAAAAAAGACUUGGAUGAAUCAAAGAAAAAAUUGGGUAGCAGCAGCUUUAGGAGAACAAAACAAUGUUGGAUCUCGACCUGUUGAAAAACAAGAAGAAAUUGUAAAAACUGAAAAAGUCGUAGAAGUAAAAGACGAGGAGGAGGGGGGUGUAAAUGUAAAUCACGUAAAAGAAGAGGCGGAAAAGGAGCUGGAAGAAAUAAUGAAUGAGAAAAAUGGAAAUGAUGAAGGAGAAGACAAACAUGAUUCAUGA